UUCGGCUGCGGUUUAGAUUCCUCGCAAGUCACGGAGCGGUCUGACCUGUCCUGUUCAUGUAUCUUGCCCAACUUUCUUUUUCGUAGGAACUACGCGGCUCUUUCUGUUCUUAUCAGUCAGCGGUAGAGUGAGCGAAAAGGGGUUUGAACUGUUGUCGGAUCGCUAUUGCUUAUCACAUUCUCAGUCGCCGUUACCAUGCAAGUUCACAUCGCCACCAUCCUGAUGUGCGGAGUGUCGGUGGUGCUGACCAUGUUUAAUGUAUCAGAGGAUCGGGCACACUGCCCGCUGGGCUACUUCCCCUGUGGUAACCUCAGCACCUGCCUUCCUCAGCUGCUACACUGCAAUGGCAUGGAUGACUGUGGGAAUCAGGCAGACGAGGAGAACUGUGGGGACAAUAAUGGUUGGCCACAUCUCUUUGAUAAAUACUUUGGCAUCCCCAGUAAUAACCUAGGAACCAAGUCAAAUGCCUGCUUGCUUGGGACCGUCCCAGCUGAGUGCCAAUGCAGGGACCUGGAGCUUGACUGUGAUGGUGCACACUUUAAAGACGUCCCCACAGUUUCCAUUAAUGUCACCAUGAUGUCCUUGCAGAGGAACCGGCUGAGGAAGCUGAAUGCUGACAUGUUCUUCAAGUACCAGAGCCUUCAAAAGCUGUAUCUCCAGCACAACAGAAUUAAAGUGGUGCACCCACACACUUUCAGAGGCCUUUACAAUCUUACAAGACUAUAUCUUAGCAAUAAUCGAAUUACCACCCUUCUUCCUGGAGUAUUCCAGGACUUGCACAAACUAGAAUGGCUGAUUCUGGAGAACAACAAUAUUCAUCAUAUCUCCUCUUUGACCUUUUCUGGUUUGCAUUCCCUUGUGCUCCUGGUCUUGUUGAACAAUGCUCUCACAAAGCUUGACGAUAUAUGUCUGGAGAUGCCACGAUUAAAUUGGCUAGACGUUGAAGGAAAUAAAAUAAAGAUAGUGGGAAAUGUUACCUUCAGGUCCUGUAAUAUGCUAACAGUGCUAGUCCUUCAGCGGAACCACAUAACUUACAUCCACAAGCGGGCUUUCACUCUUCUUCAUAAACUGGGCGAGCUGGAUUUGUCCAGUAACCGAAUCGAAGCGAUCCCUCCCGAUCUAUUUGUCAAUCUUGGAGACUUGCUUCAACUGAAUAUUUCAUAUAACCCCAUCAUGGAUUUGCAAGUGGACCACUUUGACAAACUGCAUAAAUUAAAGUCACUAAGCAUCGAGGGAAUCGAAAUAGGGAACAUCCACAGACGGAUGUUUGAACCUCUUAAGAACCUGACUCACAUCUACUUUAAAAAGUUCCAGUACUGUGGUUAUGCGCCUCAUGUCCGCAGCUGCAAGCCCAACACUGAUGGCAUCUCAUCUUUCGAGGACCUAUUGGCCAACAUCGUGCUGCGUGUCUUCGUCUGGGUUGUCUCGGCAACAACUUGCUUCGGCAACUUCUUUGUGAUCUGCAUGCGUUCCUACAUCCGCUCAGAGAACAAGCUCCAUGCUAUGUGCAUCAUCUCAUUAUGCUGUGCAGAUGGUCUGAUGGGCAUCUACCUCUUCAUGAUUGGAGCGUAUGACCUUAAGUUCCGGGGCGAGUAUAACCGCCACGCCCAAGCCUGGAUGGACAGUGUAUCAUGUCAGGUUAUUGGAUCUCUAGCCAUGCUCUCCACCGAGGUGUCAGUGCUGCUCCUCACCUACCUCACCCUGGAAAAAUACAUCUGCAUUGUCUACCCGUUCCACUACCUGACCCCAGGCCGCAGACGUACCGUUACUAUUUUGGUGGUCAUCUGGAUAUUGGGCUUCGUCAUUGCUUUCCUGCCUCUGGUCUUUAAAGGUGUGUUCCGAAACUUCUAUGGAACCAAUGGCGUGUGUUUCCCUUUGCACUCAGAGCAGCCGGAGACUCUUGGCGCACAAAUUUACUCCAUUGUCAUCUUUCUUGGUCUGAAUCUGGUGGCUUUUCUCAUCAUCGUACUGUCUUAUGGGAGCAUGUUUUACAAUAUCCAGAGAACAGGGACGCAGACGACCAAAUACAGCAACCAUAUUAAGAAAGAGCUGACGAUUGCCAAACGCUUCUUCUCCAUUGUGAUCACUGACUCGCUGUGCUGGAUUCCCAUUUUCAUACUCAAAAUUCUAUCACUUAUGGAGGUUGAAAUUCCUGGAACCAUCAGUUCAUGGGUCGUCAUCUUCAUUCUGCCAAUCAACAGUGCUUUGAACCCCAUUUUGUACACUCUUACCACACGGCCCUUUAAAGAGACACUGCUGCAGGUGUGGUCCAACUACAGGCAGCGAAGGCCCCUCCUCAGCAGUCAUCCAACGCAUUUGCCUUCAUUUACAUGGCAGGAAAUGUGGCCCCUGCAGGAGAACAGCCAAACCCUCUGCUCGCCUGACUACCUGGCGCACCCGUCCGAAAUGUCCAACGCCUCUGGCACAACCCAGUUACUGGCGGUAGAAGGGUUGAAUGGGACAUGA